UACUUACUAAUCGUUUUUUCCCCCUCAGAAUCGCGGAUCAGGCCGUACAAGAAACGCUUCGACGACAACGAAUCGGUCAGUGGCAACGCGGCCCGACUGCGCGUCGCCGGAUUCAGCUUUCCGAUACGCUGCGAGGAGGACGUUGAGCGGCUGGAGAGGAUGGUCAACAUCAGUCAAGUUACGCGACAGCAAUAUGUAACUUAUCUGAAAUCGAAGAAAACCGCAAACGAGGACGCUGCUGUGGCCAUUGGCAAAUGUUUCACCGACCAGGUGCUCUCAAAUUUCACCUACAACGGGCUGAACCAUCCACAGCAUCCUAGGAAAGCCAUGAAAGAAUACAUGAUCUUCACUGAAUGCUUUCUAGACGCCUGGGACCAUCACGAGGUGACGGAGCAUUCGAUCAAACGGAGCAUCACCCUGGCCUGCCAGAAGGCAAAGCAGCACAUUUCGUCGGCUCGCUACUAUCAGCGCUACCGGGGUCGUCUGCUCGAAAAGCGCAAAGUGUACAAGAAAAAAACCCAAAUUGAGUGUCUCCCGUACAUGGGUGAAGAGGGGGAAUGAAAUGUUGGUCAUAAUAAAGAUACAUAUUUUUCCAUUUAAUGAAACAAUUUUUGAUGUUUGGUUUGAAAUUUAUUCUAAAAAAAUAAUAUUUAAAAAUAUUAACAAACUAAAUUUUUAUUUUUCAGAAAUCUGUAACAAUGCCAUCAUAAAAAUUGAACCAAAUAGUGCUGAGAUCUCCAUUGAAUCGAGCAUUCAAAAAACCACUGCAAAACCAUGGAUGAACAUUGCAAACAAGCCGGUUAAGUCCUCGAAAGCGGUUCGAGUAGCUGGAUUCGACUUCCCGUUGACAUGCGAGGAAGACGUCGAUCGUCUGGAGCUGAUGGUCAACCGAAA